AUGUCUGUGGGGUUACGUGUUGUCCGUGGUCCAGACUGGUGUCAUGGAAACGCCGAUCAGGGUGAAGGUCACAUUGGAACAGUUGUCAUGGACAACGAGGAUAAUUAUGACGUGAUUUGGGACAAGGGCGGUAAAACUAACUGCCGAGCGGGUAAAGGCGGAAAAUACGACCUGCGGAUUUGGGAUAAUGCUCCAAUUGGGGCAAAGCACGCUGACGUGAAUUGUAACAAUUGUGGAAAGAUAAUUCUUGGCAUGCGCUGGCAGUGUACACAGUGCCCGGAUGUUGACCUUUGCAGUUCCUGCUAUUUCACGAGUGUGCAUGACUUAGACCAUCCCUUUCAUCGCAAGGAAACACCAGGCACCUCGUGGGUGGCGGUAAUGAAGAGGUCGACUGGAACCAAGAUUCGGGCUGUUGGGAUCCUCCCUGGGGCCAAGGUCCAACGGGGACCUCACUGGGAAUUUGGAGACCAGGAUGGCGGUAUUGGAUCAAAAGGCACGGUUGUGGACAUCCGACCUUAUGGUGCUGCUGUCGGCACGAGGAAUGCUGUUAAGGUCAAAUGGCCAAACAACGAAUCGAAUGUUUACCGUGUUGGCAGUCAGGGAAAAGUGGAUGUAAAAUGUGUUGAGGAGGCGCGGGGGUUCUACUACUUACAGGAACACCUACCAGUUGCUGGAGCCAUCAGCCAGGACACAGGGGUGAAACCAAAAGUGGCAAUUAACCGGCAGUCUCCACGCCCUACAAAUUCAAGUUCAAAGUUCAAUGUGGGUGACAAGGUCUGCGUCCAUCUUCCACCAGAAUCUUUAAAGAAAGUACAGAGAGGUCAUGGGGGCUGGAGCAUGCGCAUGAGUGAGUGUGUUGGUGAGACGAUGAGGGUGACGAGGAUAGUCGAUGAAUCAACAAUUGAAGUAGAGUACAGUGGAUCUACAUGGCAGUUCUACAAAGGGGCACUGUCAAAGGUGGACACUUUCAAAGUCAAUGACAUUGUUCGUGUACUAGGAGACAAGAAGAAAGUUGAGUUGAUGCAGAAGAACCACGGAGGUUGGGAUGAUGAAGUGGACAAGGCGAUAAACAAGGUAGGCAGAGUAGUGAGUUCUGCUGCUGCUGAAAUGUCAGAUGGACUGACACGUAUGAUUGCCCACUUGCUAGUAUUGGAUACCUUGACAAGCAGAGCUGUUGGACCGGAACAGAUUGUCACUGCAGCUGCACAAGGAAAUGUGUCAACUGUAAAAAGUAUUCUGGAAAAGAACAAAGACCUGGGAAACUGCACCUUUAAGAACCUGACUCCAUUAAUGAUAGCCUCUUAUGAGGGUCAUGAGGAGGUAGUCAAGCUUCUUGUAGACAAUGGUGCCAGAAUCGAUGCUGAGAGCGCAGACAAGAGUACAGCACUGCUUUCGGCCAUAGCCGGAAAGAAGGAAGCUAUUGCCUUGUACCUAGUACAAAAGGGUGCCAAUGUGAAUGCCUGUAACAUACAUGGUCGCUCCACGGCUCAUACUGCUGCUUAUGAGGGCAUGAACAAUAUUCUGAAGGUGGUCCUGGAGAAGGGUUGUAACCCAAAUAUUCGGGAUGCUGAGGGUGACACACCUCUUCAUGAUGCCAUAAUGAAGCGAAAUGAGAGAGGAGUGAACUUGCUGCUCAGCCAUCCAAAUCUGGAUCCCAAGGUCACCAACCAACGAGGAUUCAAUCCUUUACAAUGGGCCGCCUUCAAAGGCAAUGAGUUUGCAACAGAGAAGAUUCUGACCAAGGCAUCUACCAUAGUGGAUGUCCAGAAAACUGACGGACAUGCAGCCCUGCAUAUUGCCGCCAUCAACAACCACAGCGAGAUCGCUAAUCUCCUUAUACUGAAAGGUAAAGCCACUGUUGACAUAAGGAACAAAAAUAAUCUUACACCUCUUCACCUUGCUGCUCACCAGGGCUAUUUAGAAACUGCGCAAACAUUGCUUCAGCAUGGUGCCUCCGUGACUGUGAUAGACAAGGAUGGUGAUACACCCCUUCAUAUGGCAUUGCUUGGACACAGGGGAGAUGCAAUGGACCCUUUAUUACAGUUGUUUGGCCUGUCAAUGCAAGUCAGUGUCCAGGAGGACAACGAACGCUACCAAGUAGCAUGUAAGCUGAUAGAAAAGGGAGCGAGUCUUCAAGCCAGGAACAACAGGAACGGAACGCCCCUUGAAGUAUGUCGCAGCGAAAGAUUGAAGGAGGCAGUCAGCAAAUUUGCUGCGAAAAUACGACCGCAAACGGCCAAGCCUUCCCUUGGGGACCAGUUUCUGGCUGAGCUGUUCUCGGAGCUCCCCCUACCAUGUGCAUUGUGUAAGGAGAGACUCUCGGAUGCACGAUUCCUUCCCUGUCGACACAAAGUAGCUUGUAAGAACUGCUGUCGCAAGUUCCGGUGUUGUCCCAUGUGUAAACAGGAUGUCGCCAAAUGUGUAGACAUGGAGGGGAGAGAGAUUGUGGAAGUACCCUGCCACGUGCAGUGA